UGGUCGACACACGCGUCUUUAUGUCGCUAGACAGUGCGUUUGACAGAUAUAGCUGGCUGAGACAAGGAGACUGAAUUAUCAGAGGUGAAUCGUCGCCGACCACACCAUUCUAAUAUCGCCAGCAUUUUUUUAUCCGAGACGCACGUCUGUUCAAAGGGAUUUUUCUAAACAAAGAGAGAGUUGUUUUACUUUUGAGACCACCGCUGCUGUGUGCAUCUAAAUUCCGCAUUCACCUAACUCUACCUCGACGGGAUUAUUGUUUUUACACUGACCUGUUGGAAUAUACAAUGUUGAAAAUGGAAAGGCUAAUUUUUACCACAUUGUGUUCUGCAUUCUUUUUUACAAGCUGUGUUUCAGGGGACUAUCCCAAGGCACAGAACGUUUCUUGGUUGUCUAUCAACUUCAAAACACUGCUUAUGUGGGAUCCUAAACCUUCAAACUAUUCAUACACCGUUGAAUAUUCUGUAAUCGGUCAGAACAGAAAGAAGAACCAACACUGUAUCAGGACUAUGGCGACAGAGUGUGACCUGUCCAACUCUCUGGUGGACCUGAAGGCCAUAUACUCCGCUGACGUCCUCUCAGAACCUCUACGUGGUGUGAACUCUGACCUCAUAGAGUUCCCCCACACAACCUCGGAGAGGUUCACCCCCUACGAAGACACGCUUAUAGGCAGACCUAAGUUCAAGAUCGAGGUGAGCAAAGACAAGAGGAAGAUCACCCUGUAUGUAGAAGACCCUCUCACAGCCCUGUUCAACGAGCAGAACCAACAGAAAACCAUCCGGGAUGUCUUCGCUGAUGAGCUGCAGUACAAAGUCACCUUUGGGAAAGCAACAAGCACAGGCAAGAAAACGAAGAUCUCUGCAAGCAGUGAGAUAGASUUAGACAGGAGGGAUGUAGAUCCCGGAGUGAGUUACUGCUUCAACGUGCAGGCCUACAUCCCCUCCCGCAGCACAGACAAACAGCUGGGAGAGCUCAGUCAAAGACAGUGCUCACCGGGCGACGAUAAGUCCAUCUUUGAAGAGUAUGGGAUCGGUGUGAUCGCCACGGUCAUCCUACUUAUCAUUAUGAUCAUAGUAGUGGCUAUCGGAGUCACAGUGGUGUGCUGCAAACGCAGAAGGAAUGCCAACAGAAGUGGAAAAGAGGGAGUCCCACUAAGAAGUGUGUAAAAAGGGAGUGCAUCAUUGACACACACUUGGGAAUACAAGGUACAACUUAACUGGAUUUACACUUUGAAAGGGAGUCUGCAGGGGCAGCCCCAGUUCAACAUUCCACUGUCAAACACUGGAGUUCACCAUUUUGUUUCUGUGAAACUGCACAGUGAAUAUGGUACACGUACUGUAGUGUAUAUUUUGUUUCCAUACAAUGCUGCAAAUAUCCUCCUUUUUGAUUUUGUAACUGGUACUUCUACUGCUGUGAUUAUUAGCUUUUAGAAACACUACCAACUCUUAUUUUAUUGUGUUUUAUAUCGUUUUUAACUUGAUAURAUCUUUGGUAAAAUAUAACUUUAUUUUGGGAGACUGCUGAGUACUAAAUCAUAUGGGAAAUUAAGAUUAGUAGGAUUAUAUAUAUCAUUUUUUAUUAAGAUGCUUAAUUUAUUAUGUGUAGCCAUUCUGAAAGUAAUCUUUGUAUUUUAGGUUAUUUUAAACAUUUAGGGGAUCAGUAGAUACAGUAGCCUAUAUGUUGAAACUAAAUUAUUUUGCGUAAGUUUUGCCUUAUAGAUAUUUAAUAUAUUUAUACUGAGUGUACAACACAUUAGGAACAGCUGCUCUUUCCAUAAUAUAGACUUACCAGGUGAA